UGGAUGCGUUUCUUGGAUUAUGUUCCACUUGUGUCCGGCUAACCUGGAUGACCACUUCAGUUUGAAAAAAAAAAGUUUUGUCGUUAUGUAAGAGUUAUCUCUCCUGGAUGUAAUUUUACAAUGGCUUCCUUUCGUGAUGCGAAAUAUUUUUAUUUUGGAAAUUCCCGGUCAUAGACCUCGAGUGACAUCUGGACAACCGGGGUGAGCCCCCCGCCCAGGCGCCAUGGACAAGGUUUACCUCGCCUACAGGGAGUCCCUGCUUAACGCCGCCCCCCGCAUGAUGGAGGAGCUGGGCAUGGACACGGGGGAGGAUUUCCUGGGGAUGGGGGUCUUCAGGAAGGACGUGGAUCUAACCAAUGAGGAGAAGCAGUACCUGCUGUCGGUGGAGAGGGGUGACGUCCCGUCCACGCGCCAGUACCUGAACCUGGCCAAGCAGACGGGGAUGAACCUGAACUGCCUGGACCCCCUGGGUCGCACGGCCCUGCUGGUGGCCAUCGAGAACGAGAACAUCGAGAUGAUCGAGCUGCUCCUGUCCCACGGGGUGGAGGUGGGCGACGCCCUCCUGCACGCCAUCAACGAGGAGAACGUCGAGGCCGUGGAGCUGCUGCUCAACCACGAGAUCGCCACCAAGGGAGAUCACCAGGUAGUAUCGCUGGCGACCUCGGUGCCCUCCAGUUCCUUCACCCCCGACAUCACCCCCAUCAUCCUCGCCGGACACCGCGACAACUACGAAAUCAUCAAAAUCCUUCUCGACCGAGGCUACCGCAUCCCCAAACCUCACAACGCCCGCUGCAGCUGCAAGGAUUGCAUAUCCGGCAGCCAGGAAGACUCUCUCAGACACUCCCGCUCCAGAAUCAACGCCUACAAGGCCCUGGCCAGUCCGUCUUUGAUAUGCCUGUCCAGCAAAGACCCUAUUUUAACCUCUUUUGAGCUGAGCUGUGAGCUUAAACAGCUGAGCAAGUUGGAGAACGAGUUUAAGGCGGACUACGAGAAGUUAGCCGUGAAGUGCCAGGAGUUCGCGGUGGACCUGCUUGAGCAGACGAGAGGUUCCAGAGAGCUGGCCAUCAUACUCAACCACGACAACUCUACAGCAGACGAGCCCAGCUGUGAUAAGGUGCGGCUGUCGAGGCUCAAACUGGCCAUCAAGUACAAGCAGAAGAAGUUUGUCGCCCACCCCAACUGCCAACAACUUCUCGCCUCCCUCUGGUACGAGGGCCUGCCGGGCUUCAGACGUCGGUCCAUCCUCUCCAAGCUGACCAUCAUGGGGAUCAUCGGCGCCCUGUUCCCCGUGCUGUCCAUUGUUUAUCUCAUCGCACCCAAGUGCAGCGUCGGUCAGCUGAUCACCAAGCCCUGCAUCAAAUUCAUGAUACACUGCACUUCAUACGUUGUUUUUCUGUUUUUACUUAUCCUAGUAUCUCAGAGAGUGGAGGUGAUGAAGAUAAGCGAGGACGAGAUGAGGCGGGACGGGCAACUGAAGAAAGAAUUGCGCGGGUCGCAAGCUUCACUUGUUGAGUGGGUCAUCUUGGCAUAUGUUGCAGGUCUGAUGUGGAGCGAGAUCAAACAACUCUGGGACGAGGGGGCCAUCGAGUACAUCCACGACAUGUGGAAUAUUCUAGACUUUUUUACAAACUCUUUAUACAUAGCAACUUUCACGCUCCGCCUUCUAGCUUACUUGCAGGUUCAAGAAGAGAAGAAGGAGGGCAACGCCCACGCCGACCUUGACCGUGAGAAAUGGCCGGCCUACGACCCUAACCUGAUCGCCGAGGCCCUGUUCGCCGCCGCCAACAUCUUCAGCUCCCUCAAGCUGGUCAACAUCUUCACGGUCAGCCCGUACCUGGGCCCGCUGCAGAUCUCGCUGGGCCGGAUGAUCAUGGACCUGGUGCAGUUCGGUUGCGUCUUCUGUCUCGUGCUCUUCUCCUUCGCCUGCGGCUUGAACCACUUGUACUGGUACUAUGCUGACAGGCAUGCGCAGGAUUGUACGGCGGCGCUUCCGGAGAAUCCCAAUCCGCCAUCUUGCGACAGGAAGUACAGGAGUUUUGCCAAUCUCUGGGAGAUCGUGCAGUCACUGUACUGGGCCAUCUACGGCCUGGUCGACCUUGACCACGCCGAGCUGCAGCCCAAGUUCAAGCACGAGUUCACGGAGUUUGUCGGCAAGCUGAUGUUCGGCACCUACAGCUGGAUCGGCCUCAUCGUCCUGCUCAACAUGCUCAUCGCCAUGAUGAGCAACUCCUACCAGAGGAUCUAUAGCCAAGCUGACGAGGAAUGGAAGUUCGCCAGAUCCAAAUUAUGGAUCAGCUAUUUUGAAGACAGCGGCACUCUGCCUCCCCCGUUCAAUGUGAUCCCCAGCCCCAAGACCUUCUACUACAUCGUGCUGUGGUUCAAGAACAAACUCUGCUCCUGUUUCUGCUCCAAGGCGCAGAAACGCAACAGGUGGCAGAGUAUAAAGAAAAUUGUAAAAAAGAUCAAUGAAAAGGAGAUCAGAUACCAGGCUGUGAUGCGUGAUCUCAUCAAGCGCUACAUCAUGCAGAAGCAGAGAGGCUCUCAGAAGGGCGAGGGCGUCAACGAGGACGACAUCAACGAGCUGAAGCAGGACGUCUCCUCCUUCCGGUUCGAGCUACUGGAGAUCCUGCGCAACAACGGCAUGAAGACGCCCAACCCGAACCAGCCCAAGCCCACAAAUCGUCGUCUGUCUCGCAAACGAAGUCACGUGUCACUUGACCGGCUGCGACGGUCCAUGUCACUGGAGACGUGUAAGGUGGACAGCCCGGGCAAGACGCCGGUUGACGUCAUCCUGGAACGGCAGACCAACAGCCUCAAGUGCCGCUACAACCCCCCGGAGACCAUCCCCGAGGAAGAGAUCGAGCGCAUCCGGAGAGAGUCCCUCAUACCGCGGGUCGGUUUGCUGGCCGGCGUGGGGCGGAGAAGAUCCUCGGUCACCCUGCCGGAAACAACUUCCACUUCCGCUACAACGACGCUGCUCAGCACAGCCACAUCGCUCGCGGCGUCCAUCGCCAACAAAACCCUCCCCGUCGCCUCGGGGAAUAAAAAAAACGUCAGCGCCGCGGUGGUGAACGGGAAUUCGAACUCUGUCGUCUGCGCGGAGGACAUCGUUGCCGCGGUAACGGAUUGUCAACAACUUGAAGGCUCGGACGGAAGUACGUACUCGCAACGUAGGGACGAAGGUUUAGGGGAAUCGUUCGAUCGAUACUCGGAGCUAAGCGAUUCCACGUCUAGGAUUGGGGUGGUGGGGAGCGUCAUUGAGCUUCAGACCCUCCACUCGACGGGACACAACUCGCCCUUGCGGUACCCCAAAACAAUGACCAGCGCCCUGACCUCCCCGAACAACAAUCGCCGCCACGGCGGGGCGCCAUGCUCGAACGAUACUGACGACGACGAUUUCGACGGUAUGACCUUUAUCGCCAAAUCUGCAUCGGAGGAGGGCGAUACCGAUCCAAAUGGCAUCGAUCCCUUGUCCUUUCUAACGGAAGCCCAGUCUAAGCGCGUCACGUUCAUGUAAACGAAAUUGGAAUCAUCUUUCAAAUACGACGAAAUUCGGAAUUUAGAAGAAAUUCUCACAAGCUGUUCGGUCAGUCUUGACCCUAUUCUCCAGUGGCUGUUACUCUCCAACGUAUUCCCCUUACAAACCCAUCUAUACAUAUAUACACUGUCUGUGAAUGACUAGUAAGCUUCUGAUAU